AUGAUUACCACGGUACUUGGCGGCACCAUCGCCCUUCUAGUGGCUAUCAGUUUGCUUUGCACGGGAUCCCACGGUGAUUUACUGCCAAACUGCAGACUGACAGAUGGAAUCAUACAAAACUAUGAAGAUAGGAUCUAUAUCCAGCCCGACAUUGAUCAGACACCAGUUGCGUUGUAUUUGGGUACUGGAAACCUCUACAAGAAAACGUUCACAUUCACAUCUCCUUGCAAUCUGUUAUUGAAAGCGGUUUCACUCAUGUACACUGGAUCAUGCUCAGUAACAGUGAGUUAUGGCAGUGAUAACAUAUUUAUUGAGACUCUUCACUUUCUAGUUCCGCUGAGCAACCUCUGGCAUACUGGAUUCGAAAACUUAAAUCAAGUUGCUACCCAAACGCUCAACGAGUACAUGACAAGGAAUGAAAUAACGAAGUUGAUGAUAACCAUUUCUGCCAGGGAUUCACGUUGCAACAUCUACAAAGUCGAGAGAAGCAGCCAGUUAAGAGGAUUGGCCAUAAUUGCCCAGGUUAUCCGUCCGCCUGCUGCAACAAGCCCUGCUCCCAAUCGUGCUGUAACAGCUAGAUCAGUUCCUAGCCGUUCAACACAGCAGCCGGCUGCCUCUACAGCAACAGCUCCAGUUACGACUGCCUCCACAGUCCCAACUCCAGUUACGAACACUGUAACAGUGAAGUCAACUAGUACUGCUGGCACCUCUGUUACUCAGAUCAAGACAUCGACUCCAGCAACAAACCUGGUUGAACAUUUUGAUGAUAAGCCAAGAGGAUUUAGUUUGGUUUCUUCCAUUGUUAUUCCUUUGGUUGUACUUUCUGUUCUCCUUAGCGUUUUUAUUCUGCUGUUACUGGUGCGGUCACGAACCUUUCUUUCUGGCAGCAGUCAUCCGUGGAUCAUCGCUAUUCGUAAAUCAACAGUCCCGCAAAAUAGGCCAGACCCGAUAAAUCAGUUUUACGAGAAUCACAACGGCGCUGACGGCGCUGACCAGGGACCUACGGCAGAACUGACGGAUCUGGGUCUGUACUCGGCCGUUGGACCUGGUUACAGCCAUCCAACCAACCGUUCCAAGACACCUCCUGAUAUAGGUGGUGCUCUUUAUGACAGUUGUACGGAGAAUGAGCCUUACACGUAUGCUACCCGUGAUGGUGCUGCGCCAACGUGUUAUGUCAACACGGAAACGAAGCAGAAAGAUGCUGGUGAGCCAUACGCCAGCGUACAGUCUAUGUUUGAUCAAUCAAUCGAGGACGUCCAUUCACAACCUAAAAGCCAGGAAACAGAGACAGCCAGACAGGAAGCCGAAGAAGCCCCAGCCGUCUGCUACUCAGUUCCCCACAAGACGGAUACGACAGAUGUUCCCAGACGUUACGAAAACGCAGAGGAGUGCACGGCUACUAAGCGUGAUGAACAACCCCGUACUACACAUUCAAUCGACCACAUAUGUCAUGCUACGGAUGUAACAUCACGUAGCGUCUUAUCGAGGUCCGCGCAAUCCGCCGUGCAUAACCAGGAGAAGUGUAUCAAUCCAGAUGAUGUGGAGCGGAAACAACGCCGUGGUCUGAGUGACGCAACAUCAGUAGUAUGUCGCAAUGCCGCCACCACCACUACCAGCACCAACCAGCAGUCAUCUCGCUUAUCUUUUCCCGCCACAUCUACAUCGACACCGACUGGGCCAGACACCCAAAGAUGUGUGUCUCCAUCUCAGGUCCCAAAGCCUCUGCCAUAUCGGGUAUUCAAAGUAUUGAAGGACAGCCAGGGUGAUUACAUGAACCCACAGGAUACAGUCUCCAGUCAAGGGCCUGACCAGCUUGAUACAGACACCGAUCCUAACAUCUAUGCAGAACCAGCCAUCUCCCUGAGCGAUGAUAUAUUGUGCAAAGCAACUACCAUUGAAAGAAGAGAUGAGGUGGGUGGUAUCAGCACUGUGCCGGUUGAUCUUCCUGAUCCUUCUGCCAUAUAUGCUGUGCCACAGAAAGGCUGCGCGGAAACUUGAAGCAUGUACAUCUAAUAUUGCUUCGGUGCCAGAUCACAUUCGCUAGUUUUUUCAAUAUUUCAUUAUUUCCAAACCA